AUGGUUGAAAUUGGGGAUUGGGCAUCUCCUAUCCAGGAGUAUAAAGUGUCUAUUGCCCUAGUUCAAGACUACAGCUUUGGGCGUAGAUAUUUUAUGGGGUCUGGCUCUCCAGAUGACUGCAGGAUAGUUCAGACUUCGACAAGGCGGCCCCGGCGGGUGGUGCGGAAAGCCUUCCGCAAGCUGGCCAAGAUCAACAAGAAGCGGCAGCAGCCGCUGGCCCGGGAGGCCUCCUCGGCCGAGAGGAUGGAGACGCUGGUGCACCUGGUGCUCUCGCAGGACCACACCAUUCGGCAGCAGAUCCAGCGGCUGCGAGAGCUGGACCGCGAGAUCGACCGCUACGAGGCCAAGAUCCACCUGGACCGCAUGAAGCGGCACGGCGUCAACUACGUACAGGACACCUACCUGGUGGGCGCCGGCAGCGAGGAGCCGGGACGGGAGGCGCAGCCUGCCACCGGCCGCCCCGAGGACGACUACACCAGGAAGUGCGAGGAGGUGCUGCAGCUGCAGGAGCAGCGGGCACAGCAGGAAGAGUUGCUGGAGCAUCUGGCCGCCGAAAUCCAGGAGGAGCUUAACGAGCGCUGGAUGAAGCGGCGGCGGGACGAGCUGGAGCUGGCGGCGGGGCCCGGCUUGGCCGAGGCGGACUGCCACACUACCGAGCUGAGCGGCGGCGGCGGCGAGGGCGAGCUGCAGCUGGAGCACGAGCGGGUCAAGACGCAGCUGAGCACUAGCCUCUACAUCGGCCUCAAGCUCAGCACGGACCUAGAGGCCGUCAAGAGCGACCUGGACUGCACGCAGCGGGCUUGGGAGGCCCGCGAGCGGGAGCUUGAAGGAAAUGUUGCUUUGAAAAGGGGCUGUGGAGUAGCCAUACCCCAAGUCAAGGGUAACGUGACUUGCUUCAACCAUGCUGCAGAAGAAAGUGGCAAAAGAAUGACCAUGAGUGCUGAGACCACUUGGAGAUCUCCAGAGGGCUGGAUUAUGUUUGCUCGAAGACCUUCAAAGUGGCUUGUCACCAUGGUCCCCAGUGGCUCCCUGAGUUUCUGUAUAUCCAUGCAAAAAUAUGAGUACACGUGCAGUAAGUCUGAUUAG